AUGUUGAGACUCGAAGGACAAUCGUUACAGAUAGCCAUCGCGGUAAGCGCUGACAGCGCGUAUCUACUCUUUGGAUACGACCAGGGAGUUCUGGGAGGCCUUGUGUCGUAUCCAGGCUUCCUGUCUGCUAUUGGCAAUCCCAGCUCAGGAUAUCUAGGGACUAUCGUGGCUCUUUUCAACAUCGGCUGUCUCGUCGGAUGCAUCAUCUCAGCGUUUUUCGGCAAUCGACUCGGUCGAAAGAAUACCAUCAUGCUGGGAUGUCUGAUUAUGGUCAUUGGGGGUUCUAUCCAGGUAAGCACAUAUGGCGCUGGCCAACUUAUUGCCGGUCGCGUCAUUUCUGGUGUUGGGAACGGGAUGAAUACGUCCACAGUGCCGGUGUAUGUUUCUGAAACUUCUCCGAGCACUAGGCGUGGAAAGUCGCUUGCCAUUCAGAUGUCGAUUGUCAUAUUUGGCACCGUAGUGGCUUACUGGCUGGACUAUGGCUUGAUCCGCUCUCAAACCGGCGAUUGGCAGGUCGUUUGGCGUUUUCCACUCGCUUUCCAGAACUUCUUUGCGUUGCUCACUAUCAUCACGAUGCCCAUGCUGCCCGAAUCUCCACGAUGGCUCUAUUCCCAUGGCCGCCAGAAACAGGCCAUUGAUACACUAUCACGACUGCUUUUUCUGCCACCAGACCAUCCUGACGUGAGGCUUGUUGUAGCUGAAAUGGAAGAAGCCCUCACGAUCGAGCGCAAUAGCCCAACCUUCACUUUCAGAAGUAUCUUCCUGGAGAAAAGCGAUAUCAAAAACCCCCGACGAUUGGCCUUAUGUUUCCUCCUCCAGUUCUUCCAGCAGUUCACCAGGAUCAACGUCAUUGCAUUCUACAGUAACAAUGUCAGGCUAUCCCGCGAACUGAGCAGCCUCGUCGCCGGCUUAAUCCAGAUCGCUUUCUGGCUCAGCACAUUCCCGCCCAUAUUUCUGAUCGAUCGACUUGGCGGCCGAAAGGUGCUCAUGUUAGGAUCGAUCAUGCUUCUGCUGACCAUGACGCUGUUCACGGUGGGCAUCGCAGUCAAGACACCUGCUUCAUCUCGGCUGGCCCUUGCCAUGCUCAUCGUAUAUGAGAUUGCCUUUGGGAUGAGCUGGAACUCGGUGCCGUGGUUAUAUGCACCGGAGAUUACGCCGCUGAAUCUUCGACAUGUCGGGGCUGCUAUUGAGUGUUUCUCCGAGUGGCUGUUUACGUUUGUGUAUUAUAUCACUUCUUUUACUGCGACACGGUGCUGA